UCUCAUUUUACAGUAGCCGCUGGAUCUGAUCAAUGAACUUCCACUAAAAUAUGGUUCUUGUGGUUGGGUUUGAGCUGUUAAACUCCAUUCUGCUUUAAACACACAAAAUCUGUUCCCCCAGGGUGGUCCUGCCAGGAGAACUAAGUUCCAGUUGCUUUAAGCAAGCAGUCAUGGAGCUGAACAGCAGUGAUUCUGGAAGUGACCCACACAAUAUUCUAAAGGUUAUCUGCAUUAAAGAGGAAGAACCUGAAGAUGAUGAUUACCUCUACUGUGAGGAGUGCAAAUCCACUUUCUUCAACAAGUGUGAGGUUCAUGGUCCACCUCGCUUCAUUCCUGAUACUCCUGUUCCCAUUGGGGUUGUCAACCGAGCAAGACUGACGCUUCCGGAUAGUCUAGAGGUUCGGCAGUCCGGUAUUCCUAAUGCAGGCUUGGGGGUGUUUAAUAAGGGGGACUCUGUUCCUCUGGGUGUGUACUUUGGACCCUAUCAGGGAGAAAUGGUAGACCAAGAGGAAGCCAUAAACAGUGGAUACUCAUGGGUGAUCUGCACCAGUGGACAGUGUGAGGUUUACAUAGAUGCCAAGAAAGAGACUCAUGCUAACUGGAUGAGGUAUGUGAACUGUGCUCGUAAUGAUGAUGAGAACAAUCUAGUGGCAUUUCAGUACCAAGGUGAGAUCCUCUACCGUUGCUGUCGACCCAUCAAACCAGGACAGGAGCUCUUGGUCUGGUUUGACGAGGCAUACUCUAAAGAUCUCGGCAUCACGUUUGACUACCUUUGGAACAAAAAGUGCUCAGCAAACGAAAGUACCCCAUUAACCCAGCAAGUCUUCUCCUGCUCCCAGUGCACACUUUCCUUUACAUCUGAAAUUUACCUUCACAAACACAUUGCGAGACGCCACCACGAGGAAUAUAUGAGGCUGCUAACCCUAGGAGUGAUCAAAAGCUCCACUAGCAGACCAAUAGAAGAUGAAAUUCACCAGUGCCCUGAGUGUGGCAAAAGUUUUAGUCAAAGGAGUGCUCUCAAAACACACCAGCGCAUUCACACAGGAAACAAGCCCUACAAGUGCACACAGUGUGGGGUUUGCUAUGCCAAACCAAGUCAUCUGGAACGACACCUCCGUAGCCAUACAGGAGAAAAACCCUAUCAGUGUUCAGAAUGUGGCAAGUGCUUUACACAACAAAGUAAUCUGCAACGACACCAGCGCGUUCAUACAGGAGAGAAACCCUAUCACUGCUCAGAAUGUGGGAAGACCUUUUCACGACACAGUCACCUCCAAACUCACCAGCGCAUUCACACUGGAGAAAAGCCGUACCAGUGCUCACAAUGUGAGAAAAGCUUUUCUCACCAGAUUACUCUUCAGCUGCAUGAGCGCAUUCACUCAGGAGAGAAACCCCAUCAGUGUUUGUACUGUGAGAAGAGUUUUACUCACCACAGCAAUCUCCAAUCUCACAUCCGCGUUCAUACUGGAGAGAAGCCGUACCAGUGUUCACAGUGUGGAAGGUGUUUUUCACAACAAAGUAAUCUCAAAAUGCACCAGCGCACUCAUACAGGAGGGUGGCCUACAGAUGACACGUGGCUCCAAGCUACUCCUUAUAACGAUGCUGGUUUCUGAGCUUCCUUCAAGUCAGAGGGAUCCAUUCUUAUCCACAGAAGGCCAUUGUGGCUGUAGAUUUUCAUACCAGCCAGGCAGCUGUUAAGGCAUUUAAAAAACAAGGUCAAAUCAUUACACAUUUGUAGUUUGCUUGGUUGGUAAUAAAAAGUAAAGCCAGAUUGGCCCCUUUCAAAUGAGUAGCGAUGGUAGAAACAAGGCUUUUCGAAGCUCUUAUUCAGAUAAACCAAAACAUGGACAUUGCCUGGUUCUGUUUCAAUACUUUCCGUUGUUGUGUAACACUUUUAUAAAGAAUACAAUCAAAAAAGUCGACCAAUCAGACCACUGAUCACUCAUGACCCAUUUCAAUCAGUGUAGUAGCAUGAAACUAAUGCAGUGUCACACAUUUAAGAUUGACCAUGCAUUCCAGUUUGCUUUCGGACUCAGUGUUUUCCCCCACUGACAGACCACCAAACAUUCAAACGUUUUCAAACAAUAUGAGGUGACAAGUCCUGCUUUAAGGAAAUGACUGUAUUUGCCACUUUGAACUGAAUCUCAAAGCUCUUUUUUGUAUUUGUUGUGUUGCAAAUAUUUUAAAGCCUUAUAAGUUACUGU